AUGGCCCUGUCCCCACCUCUUGGUCCUGGAUUGCCCUCAGAGCCCGUCAUCAAUCCCCCGGGAUCUCCCAGCGAGCUGGACGUUGCUGGAUGUACCAUCCGCCCUGUGCCUGGAGAGGAGACGGACAGGCCGGAGCAGGGGUCCUUGCGUCCUCCUGAGCAUGUCAUGGGUGAGCUGGAGAGCACCGAGCCUGCUGCCACCACCGCCCCGAGACUACCACUGGCCUCUCCCUGUGAGCAUCAAGAUGGGAGCGAGGUCUGUGAGCACUCCUUCUUUGGCCUGGAAGUACUAGAAGCCGAGCAGGACAGCCUCCAUCUUUGUCUGUUGAGGCUGAACUUGCGGCUACAGGACCUGGAACAAAGUCUCAGAUCCUGGACACGGGCCCACAGCAGGACUGUCCAGCUGCAGGCCCUACAGGCAGAGCUACGAGCGGCAGCCGAGCGUGUGGAUGCAUUGCUUGCAUUUGGUGAGGGGCUGGCACAGAGGAGUGAACCCAGGGCCUGGGCAUCUCUGGAACGGGUCCUGAGGGCCCUUGGCACCCACCGAGACACCAUCUUCCAACGGCUCUGGCAGCUGCAGGCCCAGUUGAUCAGCUGUAGCCUGGUGCUUGAAAGGGCCAACCUCCUGGACCAGGACUUAGAAGUUGAGGGGGACUCGAAUGGACCAGCACCUGGUGGAAUCUGGGGGCCCUGGGCACCUAAUCCCUUCCCCACUCCUGCGGAGUUGGAGUGGGACCCUGCGGGGGAUGUUGGGGGUCUUGGGCCCUCAGGGCAAAAGAUAUCUCGGAUACCAGGAGCUCCCUGUGAGCUGUGUGGCUACAGGGGACCCCAAAGCGGUGGACAGGGCCUUAAGGACCUGCUCUCAAUGGGGCUCAGCCCCCGGAAGCACUUAGCAGCUCCCCACCGAAGGCGGCUCCGGAAGCCUCAGGACAGGAGGAGGCACGCGUCUCCCAGCCUGCCAGACGUCAUGCUGGAGAUGGGGCGAGGAACGCCUGCAUCCAGGUGGCCGCUGAGCCUCCUCUUUCUCCUUCUCGUCUUCCUCCUGGUGGGUGCCACGGUGUUGCUGCCCUUGUCGGGGGUCCCCUGCCGCUCUCAUGCCCGGCUGGCCAGGGCGCCCUACCUGAUGCUCAGCUACGUCAACGGUCUCCCUCCGGUCUGAGCCCACAGCCCAGAGACGUGGAUUAAAUGGUUGCUUUGGAAAGAUGCCUGAGAAUGUUGAGUGCUUGGGAACUCGA